GGCCCGGAGUCCCGCCCCGCCCGGGACCCCGCCGGGAUCCAGGUUGGAGGCCAGCGCGGCGGGGCUAGUGGGCUGGCUGGCGGGGCAGGGACGCGCUCUGCCGCGGGACAGCCCAGGGCCGAGAGAGCAUGCGGGGGGACCGGGCGGACGGGCGGCCCGCGCUGCCGCCGCCGCCGCCGAUGCUGCUGCUGCUGCUGCUGCUGCUGUCCCGGGCCGCGGCGCUGCACCCGGGCGAGCUAUUCCCCUACGGGCAGUCGCGAGGGGACCAGCUCCUGCAGGAAGGCGACGACGAAAGCUCGGCUGCCGUGAAGCUGGCGCUUCCCCUGCGCUUCUAUGAAGCCCAAUUCAGCGAACUCUACGUGGUCACCAACGGCAUCAUCUCCACCCAGGACUUCCCCAGGGAGACCCAGUAUGUGGACGAUGAUUUCCCCACAGACUUCCCGGCCAUCGCCCCUUUCCUGGCCGACAUCGACACGAGUCACGGCAGGGGCCGGGUCCUUUACCGCGAGGACACCUCCCCGGCGGUGCUGGGCCUGGCCGCCCGCUACGUGCGUGCAGGCUUCCCGCGCUCCGGCGCGCACUUCGCCCCCACCCACGCCUUCCUGGCUACCUGGGAGCAGGUGGGCGCCUACGAGGAGGCCACGCGCUGGGCCCCGCCCUCGGGAGAGCUGAAUACUUUUCAAGCAGUUUUGGCAUCUGAUAAGUCUGACACCUACGCCCUCUUUCUUUAUCCUGCCAAUGGCCUUCAGUUCUUUGGAACCCGCCCCAAAGAAUCUUACAAUGUCCAGCUCGAGCUUCCAGCCCGCGUGGGCUUCUGCAGAGGGGAGGUCGGUGACCUGAAGAGAGAGGGACCAUAUUUCAGCUUGACUAGCACUGAACAGUCUGUGAAAAAUCUCUACCAACACAGCAACCUGGGGAUUCCUGGAGUGUGGGCUUUUCAUAUCGGCAGCACCUCCCCAUUGGAUAAUGUCAGGCCAGCGACAGUUGGAGGAGACCUUUCCAAAGCCCACCCUCCGGCUCCCCUGGGACAUUCCUUCAGCCGCGCUGCGGCCCUGGAGGGUGACUACACUGAGGACAACUUGGAUUAUUAUGAUGAGAAUGAGGAGGACGUCGAAUACCCCUCCCCUGCUGAGCCAGAGGAAGCAUCGAAUGGCCACAGCACAGUCGAUGUUUCCUUCCACCCGAAAGCUGAUUCGAGGCCGUUAGGAGGUGGGAUCUCUCCGCCAGAUUCUGACCUGGCCUCCCCUUUGCCACGUCCAACAUCUAGGGAUGGGCCUGAAACAGACUCUGCCACCUUGAACCCUCAAACCAAAGAGGGGAGACCUCAGGGGGAGAUAGAUGCCCCGGAUUUAAAAGGCCGAGUUGAGUCUUCUGAACAGCCAGGGACCACAGUUCCUGCUCCACCAGAGACUGGAGGUUCACCGGAUCCUUCCCAGCAAGCCCCGCCUCCCUACCCAGAUGGACGGGCACAGCCUGCAGACAGGGAUGUUCCUCCAGCCCAUCCAGGAGGAGAGGCCGUUCUUCCAAAUUACUCCGGGCCGGAUCACACUCCACCCCUGGGUCGCAGGAGGCAAGUGGUCGGAGUGGAGGACGACAUCAGUUCCAACACCGAGGUCUUCAUGUACAACACUGCCAACAAGGAGACCUGCGAACACAACCACGAGCGCUGUUCCCGGCACGCCUUCUGCACUGACUAUGCCACGGGCUUCUGCUGCCACUGCCAGUCCAGGUUUUACGGGAAUGGGAAGCACUGUCUGCCCAAAGGGACACCUCAUCGAGUCAAUGGGAAGGUGAGUGGGCACCUCCGCGUGGGCCACACGCCCGUGCACUUCACCGACGCGGACCUGCACGCUUAUGUGGUGGGCGACGACGGCAGAGCCUACCUGGCCAUCGGCCACAUCCCGCAGCCCGCCGCCCAGGCCCUUCUCCCGCUCACGCCGAUCGGAGGCCUGUUUGGCUGGCUCUUUGCUUUAGAAAAACCAGGCUGGGAGAACGGCUUCAGCCUCACAGGUGCUACCUUUAUCCAUGACAUGGAAGUUACUUUCUACCCAGGAGAGGAAAGGGUUCGAAUCACUCAAACUGCUGAGGGGCUGGACCCAGAGAACUAUCUGAGCAUUCAAACCAACAUUCAAGGCCAGGUGCCUUACAUCCCAGCAAACUUCACAGCCCACAUAGCUCCCUACAAGGAGCUCUACCACUACUCGGACUCAGCUGUGACCUCCACAAGUUCCAGAGCCUACUCCCUCACGUUGGGUGCCGUCAACCAAACACGGUCCUACCGCCUCCACCAGAACAUCACUUACCAGGCAUGCAGGCAUGGCCCCAGACACCGGGUCAUCCCCACCACCCAGCAGCUGAAUGUGGACCGGGUCUUUGCCUUGUACACGGAUGAAGAAAAAGUGCUCAGAUUCGCUGUGACCAAUCAGAUUGGCCCUGUUGAAGGGGACUCAGAUCCCACCCCAGUGAAUCCUUGCUAUGACGGGAGUCACACAUGCGCUACCACGGCUCAGUGCCAUCCGGCGACAGGUGUAGACUACACCUGCGAGUGUGCAUCUGGGUACCAGGGAGAUGGACGGAGUUGCGUGGAUGUAAAUGAAUGUGCAACUGGCUUCCAUCGCUGUGGCCCCAACUCUGUGUGUGUCAACUUGCUGGGAAGCUACAGGUGUGAGUGCCGGAGUGGUUAUGAGUUUGCAGACGACCGGCACACCUGCGUCUUGAUCGCCCCACCUCCCAACCCCUGUGAGGAUGGCCGUCACAACUGUGCUCCCGCCAGCCAGGCCCAGUGCAUUCACCACGGAGGCAGCUCGUUCAGCUGCGCCUGCCUGCCUGGUUACGCCGGCGAUGGGCACCAGUGCACCGAUGUUGACGAAUGCUCGGAAAACAGAUGUCACCCCUCGGCCACCUGCUCCAACACUCCUGGCUCCUUCUCCUGCCGUUGCCGAGCCGGAUAUCAUGGGGAUGGAUUUCAGUGCACACCUGACCCCGCCUCUGGACUGAGACCCUGUGAGCGCCAGCAGCGCGAUGCCCAGGCCCAGCGCACUCAUCCUGUUGCCCAGCUCCACAUCCCGCAGUGCGAUGAGCAGGGCCACUUCCUGCCACUGCAGUGUCACGGCAGCACUGGCUUCUGCUGGUGCGUGGACCCUGAUGGCCAAGAAGUCCCUGGCACCCGGACCCCACCCGGCUCCGUCCCGCCUCGCUGCGGACCACGAGAGCCCACCCAGAGGCCCCGGACCGUCUGUGAGCGCUGGAGGGAAAGCCUGCUGGAGCACUACGGUGGCACACCAAGGGACGACCAGUACGUGCCCCAGUGCGAUGACCUGGGCUACUUCAUGCCCCUGCAGUGCCACGGGAAGAGUGACUUCUGCUGGUGUGUGGACCAGGACGGCAGAGAGGUGCCGGGCACCCGCUCCCAGCCAGGCAUCACCCCUGCAUGUAUACCCACAGUUGCUCCGCCCACAGCCCGGCCCACACCCCGGCCCGACGUGACCCCUCCACCUGUUGGCACCUUCCUGCUCUAUGCCCAGGGCCAGCAGAUCGGCCACUUGCCCCUCAAUGGUACCAGGCUUCAGAAGGACACAGCCAAGACCCUGCUGUCGCUGCAUGGCUCCAUAGUCGUGGGAAUUGAUUACGACUGCCGGGAGAGGAUGGUGUACUGGACAGACGUUGCUGGACGGACAAUUAGCCGCGCCCGUCUGGAAUCGGGAGCAGAGCCCGAGACCAUCAUUAACUCAGGUCUGAUAAGCCCCGAAGGACUUGCCAUCGACCACUUUCAUAGAACGAUGUACUGGACAGACAGCGGCCUGGAUAAGAUAGAGAGGGCCAGGCUGGACGGCUCUGAGCGCAGGGCCCUCUUCCACACGGACCUGGUGAACCCCCGCGCCAUCGCUGUGGAUCCAAUCCGAGGCAACCUGUACUGGACAGAUUGGAAUCGAGAAGCUCCUAAAAUUGAAUCGUCGUCUUUAGAUGGAGAAAAUAGAAGAAUUCUAGUGAAUAAAGACAUUGGACUACCCAAUGGUUUAACCUUUGACCCCUUCUCCAAAUUGCUCUGCUGGGCAGACGCAGGAACUAAAAAACUAGAGUGUACACUACCUGAUGGAACUGGACGGCGUGUUAUUCAAAACAACCUCAACUACCCGUUCAGCAUUGUAAGCUAUGCAGAUCACUUCUACCACACCGACUGGAGAAGGGAUGGUGUUAUAUCAGUAAAUAGAGACAGUGGCCAGUUUACUGAUGAGUAUCUCCCAGAGCAGCGAUCUCAUCUCUACGGGAUAACUGCAGUCUACCCCUACUGCCCAACAGGUAAACGGACAUGCUCAGGUGGCUCCUUUGGAUCAGCCAGGUAGAGAAAGAGAGAUCUGGUAACUGACCACACUUGGCCUGCUGCUGCCACUGGUGAGAGCCUCUCUGACCUAGAAAAGCUAAUGGCCAACACACAGGGGUGACCAUUCUACUACCUUAAGUCUACCUAGCUUAACUAUACACACAAAAAAAGGUCUAUUAGGAUAUUUCCUCUUUAAAAGACUUGCUGUGGCAAACUGGAUAUAAAAUACUCACAUGCUGUCCCCUCCCUCCACAGGAAGAAAGUAAAUAUGGUAUUAUAAAGGACUUGGGAGUUUACAAUCGGAAUCAGGACCCUAAAGAACAUUUACUGCGGACAAAGGUGAAGAAAGUGAAAAAGCAAUUGGCCAUUAGAAGUUCUGGACAUAUGAACAUUUUCAGUGCAAAAAGACUAAGUAUAUUUUGUGAAAAGUUUAUACCUCAAUCUUUACUACUGUAUUUUUAAAAACAAAAGUUAUUUCAAGAUUAAAAAGGUAACAAUUUUAAUUGUUGCUUAUUAAAGCAACUUUUAAUAAACAUUUAUGUCAUAUUUAAAAGGCCAAAUUAAUUGAACUAAGAACCAAUUAGAGCACGUUAAGACCCUAAAUCUGACUAUUGAUACAGAUUCUUCCUGGCCAAGAAAUUAAAGUACAUGUGAUCAGUAUAAAAAUAUGAUCCUAAAGAUCAUAAACCUUGACGUAGAGAAGGCUAUGCAGAACUGAUGGGAAAGAGCCAACUUAUUCUAAGAUUUUUUUUUUUUACCUCUGCAUAAGUGCAUUUCUAUUUAUAUUAAAAGGUGCUACAAUGUUUCAGUUUGUAUUUUCUGAUCCUGUAAGUCCCUCUAUAGAAUUACCCACAGAAAUUACACUUAUAUAUAAAUAUUAAAGAUGUAACAGUUCUCAAAUUUUCUAGAUUACUCCAAUAAAAUAUUUUAAGUUUUCCUAUGA